CAAGAGGAGUAGGAGUUAUCUAGUUCGUAGAUAAUAAAGAAUCUACGAACAGAUAACUUUUCGUAAUACACACUGUCCUAACCUUUUUAGUAUACAACAACAUUAGCCACGAUGUUGAUAGUGUUGAUACACGUAACAAUGUCUUAAAACAUUGUUAACUCGAGGGAAGUUACACAUAAGUCAUAGCACAUAAGAUCACAGGCAAUCGCCUAUUUUAAAAUCACAACUAUGAUCCGAACAUCAAUGGUAUUUAGUGCUAACGCGUUAACAGUACGGAAUUUAAACGCGUACGAUCAUUUAAUUACGAACGGGCCUCGCAUUCAAUGCGUGAGAUGGAAGAGGAAACCGAUUUGGUUGCCAACGGCAAAGUCUAAAGUCUUUCGAGUACCGACAAGACCGGUUAUACCAGAGGAAGACUAUAAUGAACUUAAACGCUUGCACAAUAAUUACAGAACGCAAAUGAAAUCGAUACUGAACUUUUUCGAAGAGCAAGAAGAGAUAAGAAAACAGAAUUUCGACGAAGCUACUGUAAAUGCGAAUAUAGAGAAAGAUUUCGAAAUCUGUAGCUAUUUAAAUAAUACAUGGAACGAGCAAUCGGCUAUGUUAAGAACAAAAAGAUUGGCCGUAGAAAGGGAACGUCGUUUUAAAGAAAUCGAUGAGAAAUUGGAAGCCAAGGCAAUAAGGGAUAAGCAAAUUCAAAUAAGAGUGGAUACAGAAAUCAAGAAGGCAAAGGAGCAGGCUCCAACAUUUAUCACGCAAGAAAAUAUAGAUGAAGCGAUUAGAAAAGCAUUAGAAACUGUCGUGGACCAUAAUGUAGCGAUCGAUAUUCAUGGUAAUCCUUACAAAGAUAAGCCUGAAAAUGUAUCAUCUAAAACAACAGUUUAGAGAAUAGAUAUGUUAUAUAAUAAAUUGCUUGUACAAUAAGAGACGAUUAUCUUUAAUAAACCUAGAUCUAUGCCAUA